AUGCCGCCAUCUACCAUUCGCAACUUGCAAUACGCACCUACUUCCUACUUGGAUCAGAAGCAUCAGUUUGUAGGCUUCGAUAGCUUGAAACACUACAAUACCCACAAUGAUGACAUGUCCGCCUCGUGCAACACGGAGGAAAAGGAACAAUUGGAUGCCUUGGAAGACAAGUUGCUGGAAAAAUCUCGUCAAGAAGACCGACUGUCUCAAGUUUACCACAGUUUGGGAACUUUGAAACGAAAACAGGCCUACCGUUCGAUGCUAAAGGGAGAAACUAUUGCCUCACAAGAAUCCCUGUUGCCUCCCAAUGUCAUGUUUCAUGGAUUGGACCCCAAGUACUACGAUGAAAACGAUCCCAGUUGCCCACUCUCCAAGGACAACUUUCGGCACCAUGAAAACGGAGAAUACAAAUUCAACGAAGAAGAUGAAGAUGCAGUAGACUUUGGGGAACAAUACAAAAUUCGCAUGUUGCGAUCUCAACGCUUGAAGCAACUGACCCUCAAGACCCAAGAAGAAAUUUUGUUUCUUGAAUCACGAGAAGAGAAGCGACAGCAGGCUCUUGAGCAGGCCAAGUGGGACGCCCUUCACGAAGAACAGGAGAGACUGACCAUUGCCCAACAACGGGAGCAAUUGGAUCGUGAACGAGCUGCCUUUGAAAUUAUGCGUCAAGCCACCCUCAAAAAGGCAAUAGACCAACGAAGAAAGGAUCGUAACAAUGCCAAGAAGGAAGUCGAAGAAAAGAGUCGGUCCUCCAUUGAUGGUUGCAGGGGAUUCAAUAUUUUCAAUGAGGCUGAUGACAUGUCGGCAAUGGAUGGGUCCGUCUUUCCUUCUCCCAUUCAAGACUUGUUCGAUUCCAUGGCCGAGGCCUGCGACAGAUUGAUCUUUUGUGGUGGAGUGAUGGAUCCUACUAAUGUGAACGGAAAGGAAGUCAAAACGCCAAAGAAGAAUGCAAAACGAUCGGCGACCAUGGUGCCCCCCGAAGUCAUGUUAUCGGAAUCAGACACUUUUGCGGAUACCCUAACGGCUCCUGAUAUGGAUGAGGACAACACGACGAUAGAGGAAAUCCAUCGGGUGGAUUGUGACAAAGAGACAAAGUCAAAGGCAUUGGCUUGA